AUGGCUGAAAUACAAACAUUAAUGGAAAUGGGUUUUCCCAAAGAGAGAGCUGAAAAGGCGCUGGCCGUCACAAAUUAUAAAGGAGUCGAACCGGCUAUGGAGUGGCUUUUGGCUCAUGCUGACGAGAUGGAUGCCAGUGCAGGACAGACUCUUGGUAGUUCUAGCAAUGUACCUGUCGCAGCCGGCGCCCCGGUUUCCGAGCCCGCUGCUAAUGUUGCCGCUACUCCUCCAAGUUCCUCUGAGGCCAAUCCUGAAUCCGCUGCAGAAGCUAAAUCGUUCAAAUGCGAAGACUGCGGCAAGUUAUUUAAAAAUCAAGACGAAAUGGAAUACCACGCGGCUAAAACCAACCACAGCAAUUUCUCGGAAUCGACUGAGGAGAAAAAACCACUGACUGAGGAGGAAAAGAAGGCUCAAUUAGCAUUAUUGGAAGAGAGAAUGAAGCAGAAAAGGAAAGAAAGAGAAGAGAGAGAGAAGUCUGAAGCUCUUGAACAAGAACGCUUAAGAAUAAAAUCAGGAAAAGACCUUCAAGAAGCCAAACUAAGACUUCAAGAACAAGAGAUGCAGAAAUUGGUGGAACAAAGAAGGAGAGAAAAAUUGGAAGAUCAGAAAGCAAGAGAGAGAGUACGAGCACAGAUAGAAGCAGAUAAACAGGCUAGAAAAUUGGCUGCAUCAGGUCAAGCUCCGCCUGUAGCAGCUCCAGUACCACCCCCAGCAAAUCCUACACCAGGAUCAAAAGUUUCUUACGAGCAAGCGAGGAUUCAGCUACGAUUACCGGAUGGGCAGUCACUCUCACAAACCUUUGGAGCUAAGGAACAGUUGGCUGCUGUCAGGUUAUUUUUACAAAUGAACAAGCCAGAGUACUCACAGGAAGACCACUUCAAGUUUAUGACAACAUUUCCUAAAAAAAUCUUCACAUCAGAGGACUAUGAAAAGCCAUUGGAUUUAUUAGGCUUAGUUCCAUCCGCUGUUAUUAUAGUGUCUAAAGGACAAAACUGA